GCCGCGGUCAGGGAAUGGGAACGGGAACGGGAAACAAACACCGGGAAUGGGAAUGGGAACGGGAAACAAACACCGCGGUCAGGGAGCGGGAACGGGAAUGGGAAACAAACACCGGGAAUGGGAACGGGAACGGGAAACAAACACCGUGGUCAGGGAGCGGGAACGGGAAUGGGAAACAAACACUGGGGUCAGGGAACGGGAAUGGGAAACAAACACCGGGGUCAGGGAGCGGGAAUGGGAAACAAACACCGGGGUCAGGGAACGGGAAUGGGAAACAAACACCGGGGUCAGGGAACGGGAACGGGAAUGGGAAACAAACACCGGGGAACGGGAAUGGGAACGGGAAUGGGAAACAAACACCGGGGUCAGGGAACGGGAAUGGGAAACAAACACCGCGGUCAGGGAGCGGGAAUGGGAAACAAACACCGCGGUCAGGGAGUGGGAACGGGAAUGGGAAUGGGAAACAAACACUGCGGUCAGGGAGCGGGAAUGGGAAACAAACACCACGGUCAGGGAGCGGGAAUGGGAAACAAACACCGCGGUCAGGAACGGGAAACAACACUGGGAUUGGGGAGUGGGAACGGGAGACAACACCAGGAUCGGGGAGCGGGAACGGGAAACAACACAGGGAUCGGGGAUUGGGAACGGGAAACAACACUGGGAUCGGGGAUUGGGAACGGGAAACAACACCGGGAUCGGGAACAGGAAUGGGAAACAACACUGGGAUCGGGGAGUGGGAAUGGGAAACAACACCGGGAUCGGGGAUUGGGAACGGGAAACAACACCGGGAACGGGAACAGGAAUGGGAAACAACACCGGGAUCGGGGAGUGGGAAUGGGAAACAACACCGGGAUUGGGGAUCGGGAACGGGAAACAACACCGGGAUCGGGAACAGGAAUGGGAAACAACACCGGGAUUGGGAACAGGAAUGGGAAACAACACUGGGAUCGGGGAUCGGGAACGGGAAACAACACCGGGAUCGGGGAUUGGGAACGGGAAACAACACCGGGAUCGGGAACAGGAAUGGGAAACAACACCGGGAUUGGGAACAGGAAUGGGAAACAACACCGGGAUCGGGGAUUGGGAACGGGAAUGGGAAACAACACCAGGAACAGGGAGCAGGAACGGGAAUGGGAAACAACACCGGGAUUGGGAAUGGGAAACAACACCGGGAACAGGGAGCGGGAGCGGGAAUGGGCUGGGAACACCAGGGUCAGGGAGCAGGAAUGGGAAACAAACAUCAGGAUCAGGGACCGGGAAUAGGAAACACCGGGAGUGGAACGGGAACUGGGAAUGGGCUGGGAAACCGGGAAUGGCCCAGGGAAACACUGGGAUCAGAGACUGGGAAUGGCAUCGGGAACUGGGAAACAGGAUCAGGGACUGGCUGGGAUCAGGGACCGGAAUUGGGAACCGGGAUAGGAACUGGGAAUGGGCUGGGAAACACCGGGAUCAAAGACCGGGAAUGGGCUGGGAAACACCGGGAUCAGGAACCGGGAUCAGGGACUGGGAAUGGGCUGGGAAACACCGGGAUCAGGAACCGGGAUCAGGGACUGGGAAUGGGCUGGGAAACACCGGGAUCAGGAACCGGGAUCAGGGACUGGGAAUGGGCUGGGAAACCGGGAUCAGGAACCAGGAAUGGGCUGGGAAACACUGGGAUCAGGAACCGGGAUCAGGAACCAGGAAUGGGCUGGGAAACACCGGGAUCAAAGACCGGGAAUGGGCUGGGAAACACCGGGAUCAGGGACUGAGAAUGGGCCGGGAAACCGGGAUCAAAGACCGGGAUCAGGGACUGGGAAUGGGCUGGGAAACACCGGGAUCAGGAACCGGGAAUGGGCUGGGAAACACCGGGAUCAGGACCUGGGAAUGGGCCGGGAAACACCGGGAUCAGGAACCGGGAUCAGGGACUGGGAAUGGGCCGGGAAACACCGGGAUCAGGAACCGGGAUCAGGGACUGGGAAUGGGCUGGGAAACACCGGGAUCAGGACCUGGGAAUGGGCCGGGAAACACCGGGAUCAGGAACCGGGAUCAGGGACUGGGAAUGGGCCGGGAAACACCGGGAUCAGGGACUGGGAAUGGGCCGGGAAUCCGGGAUCAAAGACCGGGAAUGGGCUGGGAAACACCGGGAUCAGGAACUGGGAAUGGGCCGGGAAACACUGGGAUCAGGAACCGGGAUCAGGGACUGGGAAUGGGCUGGGAAACACCGGGAUCAGGGACUGGGAAUGGGCUGGGAAACACCGGGAUCAGGGACUGGGAAUGGGCUGGGAAACACUGGGAUCAGGAACCGGGAUCAGGGACUGGGAAUGGGCCGGGAAACACCGGGAUCAGGAACCGGGAUCAGGGACUGGGAAUGGGCUGGGAAACACCGGAAUCAGGAACUGGGAAUGGGCCGGGAAUCCGGGAUCAAAGACCGGGAAUGGGCCGGGGAGCAGCGGGAAUGGUGCUGGAAGCGGGAGCAGAAUCCCUUUCCCCAGCAGCUCCAGAAGCCGGGAGUGCGCCGGGGCACAGAAGGAAAAGCCCCUUCCCGGUUCGUUCUUCUGGGACUCCAGGGGCUCCAGAGUCGGGAACGAGCGGGAAAAGGGA